CAGCAUCCUCAGUUUUGGAUGAUAGAGGCUGCUUCGAGUUUUAGACAACGCGACGCCACCGUCAUUAGCAAUUAUUUACCAACGCAAACAAAUUGCAACUUGAAUUUGCGAGAACAUUUUCGUGUUUUUUUUUUUUUGUAUAAGUAGUGCAUUACACGGAAGGCAAGUGAACGCACCAAUAUUUGAGAUUAGUCAGGUUGACAGAGAAGGUCCGCAGCAGCUUUACUGCACACAUAAAUCUACUCAUUCAAACUACCGGACUACUGCUCAUCAUCUCGCAGGCUCUCAUCGCGUCCUUAAAGGAGGAUGGACUGGAUAAAUUGAGUGAUUUCUCCCUCGGCUGAGUCACAGCAUGCGGUCACAGGAAAAUCACUGGGUGGCAGAGGGACCAUGCAUGGAUCUGAAAGGGGGUGACGAUGAUGAACUGAGUGGCUGUCACACAUCCCCCCUGAGAGACGGAACAAUCAAGAACAAUCUAUCGGAGCCUCCCCUUUUCCUUGUUCUACUUGUGGUGUGACGGGACCCGCCGACUUCAAAGAAUGAAGAUUGGAACCCUGGCACUCAUCUGUGACCUCUGACCUGAACGAUGUGCCCUGCGAUUGGCUGGCAACCGGUUCAGGUUGUCCCCCACCUACUGCCCGAAAACAGCUGGGAGAGGCUCCAGCACGCCCCACGAUCCUUAUCAGGACAAGUGCAAGCAAUACUGGACAUGGAGGACUAUGAGGUUCGCUCAGCUGCCAGCAUCCUGGCGUCAGUGAAAGAACAGGAAGCGCGUUUUGAGCAGUUAACCCGAGCCCUGGAGGAGGAGCGUCGCACCCUGCAGCUUGGGCGGGCCAAUGCGCCACCCAACCCACCCACCAGCCAACCGUUAGCAUGGCAGCAAGUGGUAAUGCAGGAGCAGAGCCCCAGCAACGCCACUUCUCUGGCCAUGAUGCAGGAGCCGCCGGAGGUGGUAGAGGAGACGGUCACCAUAGAGGAGGACCCUGGGACCCCGACUUCCCAUGUUUCGGUGGUAACCUCUGAUGACGGGACCACGCGCCGCACGGAAACCAAGGUGACCAAAAUGGUGAAGACGGUGACCACACGAACUGUGCGUCAGGUUCCUCUUGGCCCUGACGGCUUGCCCAUGCCCGAGGGUUCGUCCCCAUUGGGAAGCUAUGCCGAUUCAAUUGACCGGCGCUACAUCAAGAACGGUGGCGAUCGCUUCAUCACACCUCAAGCCUCAUCCACCUUGACACGCUCCUACAACAACUCCUACAAUGAUUCUUAUGUUGAAACGCCAGAGAGUCAGUACAUUCGCCAUUACGGUCUGCAUGAUGGCUACGCUGAUUUGACGGAGAACUACGGCAGCCUGUCACGAGGCAUCAACUUCCGUCCUCCUCGCUACCCCUACAUGCCUAAUAGCUACCGGCCAGAGAACAGCUAUACACUGCCUAUUCGUAAGGAUGACUAUGGCCACGUGGCCCAACCCCAGGUGCCCAUGGGUAGCAGCACUGUGGACCUGAACCGCUCCCAGCCCGAGCGCUUUCAGGCCGAACCAUAUGGCCUGGAAGAUGAUCGCCGCAGCUUUGGCCCUGAGGACGAGGAGCCAUAUGAACUUGAACCUGACUAUUCCACGGCUAACCGGCGCACACUAAAAGGAGCCAAUCGGGGACGCACCCACCGGGAACCACUUCGUGAUGGGCCCAGAGUCAGAGGUUACCCAGAUGAGCCCGUCGAUACAGAGCAUGUUGAUGACCGCCACACGUACAUCCAUGGCAUAUAUUGUGCUCCACUGGCGCAGCCAGAGCGAGGGAGCAUGGCCAGUCUGGACCGUAUGGGUGGUCGACGUUCACCCUCAAUUGACAGCAUUCGUAAGGAUCCGCGUUGGCGUGACCCCGAUCUACCAGAAGUCAUUGCCAUGUUGGGCCACCCCAUCGAUCCUGUCAAAUCCAAUGCUGCUGCCUAUUUGCAGCACCUGUGCUAUGAAAACGAUAAAAUCAAAAAGGAUGUGCGCCAGCUGAAGGGAAUUCCUGUCCUGGUGGGGCUCCUGGACCACCCCAAGUCUGAGGUCCACCGCAAGGCCUGCGGAGCCUUGCGCAACAUCUCCUAUGGCAAGGACAAUGACAAUAAGGUGGCCAUCAAAAAUUGCGAUGGCAUUCCUGCCCUCAUUCGCCUCCUGAGGAAGACGAAUGACAUGGAGGUUCGAGAGCUCAUCACUGGGACUCUUUGGAACCUCUCCUCCUACGAACCCUUGAAGAUGGUCAUCAUAAACCAUGGUCUCCAAACAAUGACCAAUGAGGUCAUCAUCCCACACUCCGGGUGGGAGCAUGAACCAAACGAGGACUCGAAGCCACGUGAUGCAGAAUGGACCACCGUCUUCAAAAACACUUCCGGGUGCUUGAGAAACGUGAGCUCAGACGGGGCUGAGGCACGGCGCAGACUAAGGGAGUGUGACGGAUUAGUGGAUGCCCUGCUGCAUGCUCUCCAAUCAGCUGUAGGGAAGAAGGCUAUGGAUAAUAAGUCUGUGGAAAACUGUGUCUGUAUUAUGCGGAACCUGUCCUACCAUGUCCACAAAGAGGUACCGGGGGCCGAAAGGUUUCAGGACCCAUCAGCGCCACAGGCCCCUGGCUCUGCAGGGCCACAGAGGAAGAAAAAGGAUGAUGCUGGCUGCUUUGGAGGGAAAAAGGCCAAAGAGGAAUGGUUUAAUCAAGGUAGAAAAAAUGGUGAGAAUGACAAAAACUACGACACACUGGAUCUUCCGAAGCGUACUGAGCCGACAAGAGGUUUCGAGCUUCUUUAUCAACCAGAAGUGGUGAGACUCUAUUUAUCGCUGCUUACCGAGAGCCAAAACUUCAACACCCUGGAGGCUGCUGCUGGGGCUCUGCAGAACCUUGGUGCCGGGCAAUGGACUUGGUCCAACUACAUCCGGGCCACAGUGCGUAAAGAGAAAGGUCUCCCUAUACUGGUGGAGCUGUUGCGCUCCGACUCUGACAAGGUAGUCCGAGCUGUGGCUAUCGCCCUGCGCAACCUCUCCAUCGACCGCCGCAACAAGGACCUAAUUGGAAGUUAUGCAAUGCGGGACUUGGUCAGUAAUUUGCCCAGCGGCCAGCAGCGGCCAGCCAAGAAUUUGGAGGAGGAUACUGUGGUGGCCAUCCUCAACACCAUCCACGAGAUUGUCACAGACAGUUCCGAAAACGCCCGAUCUCUUAUUCAAGCCCAGGCCAUCGAAAAGCUUGUCGCCAUCAACCGAACCAGCCAAUCAGCCAGAGAAACAAAGGCCGCAUCUCACGUGCUGCAGACCGUGUGGAGUUAUAAGGAACUAAGGAACGCUUUGACAAAGGAUGGCUGGAACAAGAGCCAUUUCCAGCCCAUGGUGACAACAACCCCAAAAGGAACCAAGAAUGGCAAACCCGGUUAUGAUGAUACAACUCUGCCCCUUAUGGAGAAGAAUCAAGAUGGUUACUCCAGCAUUGACCAAAGGGACAAAGACUGCAAAUACAAGACAGGCGACAGUUCAGUGGACCUGACAGAGCGGGAGCCAUUAAAGAAUGACACAAGUAGGAAACACUAUAUCAGGAGUAACAGGCCAGGGGUCAGUCUGGUGGACGCUUGUGAUGUUAAGCCACAGCCUGUUGAUUCCUGGGUCUAAAUGCAUGCAUGGCUUAAAACAGCGACAGAGUGAGACCGCAGGAGGAUCUCUCACAUCACCACUGCCAUUUCAGACGGAACUUGUUUGGAGUAGAACUUUGUACAGAUUGAGGAUUAGAAAAAAAUAGUAACAAUCACGAUCGGAAUGACGACUACCCAGCAGCCAGCAGUUUUGCUUUUCAAAGAAAAAAAAAGAUAACAAUGAAAAAAGCUAUUGAGUGACUAUUUCUACUACUUUUACAUUUCUACAUUCCCACUGGACAGCAUGUGAAUUCUACAGUGUUGACCUUAGUUGUGAUCUAUAGUUGACAUCCAGGCAUUCAAGGUUGACAAUGCUAAUGGAUGUGAGAUUAAGACGAGGGGACGACAAAGGGGAAAUGAAGGUGUGUUGAAAGGAAACAAGUGACAAGGAGGAAUACUUUUGGUUUGGCUUUCUUUUAAAUCUGGCCGUUUCAGAAGUGGUGGUAUGUUGUCAGUUAUUUCAGUUUGUUGUGUGAGUUUAGUAUUUUGGAUGUGGGCUGGUGCGGGUUGGUUGAUUAAUAUGUUAUUGGAUGUUAGUUUGGGUUCAGGCGGAGGUGUUAAGGGAAAGAAAGCAGAAGCAUAGUGGAUAAACAUGCACCCCAAAUCAACCCACACACAGCUCAUUUGGUUCACCGUGUUUCAAGAAAGCUGCACUGGAAUGCUUUGGAAAUAUGAGGUUUGUUUUAGAAAGGGAGGAUUCUGCAAGUUGUGCUCUGGAUAAUAGAAGGUGAUGGUGAGUGGGCAACGUAUGGAGCAACAUCUCAACAACUGCUUGAUGUAAAUGAACAACAACUGCACAGAUGUUCGUCACCAUGGUAGGAAAGCAGUCAGCUUGACAACACAGUCUCUUGGGUUUCCUAAUCAAUGACUCUCUGUUUUAUUUUUAUGAAAGGAAAUAAGGCUUUUUUGUCUAUAAAGAUAUUCUUUGUGGUGGCGAGAAGACAGAAUAUAAUUAUUUUGCUUAAAGAAAAAAAAAGAUCUUAUCCCAUUUUCUGAUCUCUUUGUAUGUUAUGACCACAUUAUUUGGAAAACACAUUGGAUCGGUGUGCCAGUUACAUAGGCCAUCACUUAUUUAUAUAUUGUAAGCAAAAAGGAUUUUAACAAUGAUUGCAGUGUUGUUUCACGAGACCAAAAUACAGGUUUUAUGAGUCAAGGGUCGGAGGUCAUGAAAUGAAAAAGGUUAUAAAUACAAUUUUUGCUAUUCCUUCAUUUUUCUUCCUAUUGUGUUACAUACAAUCAAGCACUCAUGAGUGCUUCUUGAAGUAAAAUAUUCUUGUCAGCAUGAAAAAAGUGUACAGAUGUUCAUAUUCUUUUUAAGUGCCAUGUUUUUUUUCUGUUUUUGUGAUAUCAAAUAAUCCAUCGACAUGGAGCAAAAGAACAGCAGAAUGGAUACAACUCUUUAAUGGCAAACUGAAAGGUCACACUGUACAAAGUCAAGGACAGAAAAAAAAGAAGUCAUAGUAUAUAUUUUUUACAAAGUUUCAGAGUGGACAACGUUGACUUGGAAAAAAAAAGAGUGACAUAAAAUAAAUUUGCCAUUUCCCUCGUGCUUGGUAAUACCACACACGAACAUCCAUGCUAGUGUGUUCUCCAGCGUCAGUUUCUCAGAGUCAGCACAUACCGGAGACGGAAAUUCCGCAUCACUCGUGUCCUCCUGGCAAAUGGCAUGUGCCUGCAUUGAUGUUUUUCUUUGUGACGUGAUUUUAUAAAAGCUUGCGUUUACACAGUGUUUACAAAGGUGUGUGUUGUGGUAAAAUUCAAUAAACUACAAAUAAAUGUAUAACUCUUAAUUCCAGAGGUUAAAAACAUAUACCCUGCAUUCUUUUUUUUAUGUCCCCCCCAAAACUGUGUUUCCAUUGGACUGUACUGAAGUAUUUUGAGGGGGUGGGGGACAUCACGGGCUGUCGCUGACUGCCUCUGCAGCACCGCAACCAAAGGAAUUGUAUUUAACAUUCAUUAAAAGAGUUUAUUGGCUUUCUGGUUGUGUGAAACAGUGAUCAAGUGAAAAGCCACACAACUGGACUGUUAAAUACAAAAGGACACAGGCACACAUUGAAUCAAUCGUCCCUGUGUGGACAGAACUGAUUCAAGUUUGUCAAAAUCAGCGUACAUCUCAGUAGCCAACGUGUUGUAUGCCUAUCACGUGCCUUAAUCUUUUUCCAUGCUCGAUAAAAAUGUGUGUUUUGUAUGACGUUAUUCCUCCCCUCCAACUGCCAGAUUUCCAGAAACUUUCGGCCUCCCCUAUGCCUCCUUCCAUCACGCGCUUGUAUCGUUCUGUCUCCCACACCUUCUCAAGUAAUUUAGAUUGGCGUUGGGUUUCUGCCUUGUAAUAGAGUGUAUAAUAAACGUUUACAAAAGUGCAAAAGUUAGACUCGUUCAAGAUGAUUUCGUUUUUUUCCCCCCCUAGAAGAGUUCAGUUGCUAAAAGUUUAGUAGCCAGCAUCAGCGAUGCCACAGUGACAGAAUGUAUUACUUUAAUUUUACUAAUACCCACAAACAAAUAUAAAGCUUGUUCAACAUAACAAAAACAUGAUGGUUUGUAGAAUAUAUAUUCGGUGUGUUUUCAAUAAAUCAUGCCUGGAAAGAA